GCCCGAGCGCGGCGGCGGCUGCGGAGGCAUGAGCGGCCGGCGGGGCUGAGCCGAGCCGAACCCAGCCCAGCCGCGGCUGCCCGGCCCCGCAUUUCCAUGGUGCCGGCGGCCGUGUGGAUUACCCCGCCGUGAGCCGGGGAAAGCGGCCCCCCGAGGCGGGCGAGCAGCGGAGCGGCGGCGGCUGAACCAUGUGAGGGACGUUGCUGGGGCACAGGACACGUGCAGGGAACGGGAAGUUUGCCUUUCCCAGCAUGGAUCAGAGGAAGAACUGGCCUCGGGUACCGGACUCCGAUGGCUGGUCGGUGCUGUUGCUGUGUCUCUUCCUGGCGUCGCUGUCCCGGAACGUGUCCAGCAACGCCCUGUUCAGCACCUUCCACUCCGAGAACCGGGACUGGACGUUCAACCACCUGACUGUCCACCAAGGCACCGGAGCAGUCUAUGUUGGAGCUAUCAACAGGGUUUACAAGCUUUCUGGUAACCUGACCAUUUUGGUGGCUCAUAAAACCGGUCCCGAGGAGGACAAUAAGUCCUGUUACCCGCCCCUCAUCGUGCAGCCAUGCAGCGAGAUCCUCACCCUCACCAACAACGUCAACAAGCUGCUGAUCAUUGACUACUCCGAGAACCGGCUGCUGGCGUGCGGCAGCCUGUACCAGGGGGUGUGCAAACUGCUGCGCCUGGACGACCUCUUCAUUCUGGUGGAGCCCUCCCACAAGAAGGAGCAUUACCUCUCCAGCGUCAACAAGACGGGCACGAUGUACGGCGUGAUCGUGCGCUCGGAAGGGGAGGACGGGAAGCUCUUCAUCGGCACGGCCGUGGACGGGAAGCAGGAUUAUUUCCCCACCCUCUCCAGCCGCAAACUGCCCCGGGACCCAGAGUCGUCGGCAAUGUUGGACUACGAGCUCCACAGUGACUUUGUCUCGUCCCUCAUCAAAAUCCCCUCGGAUACCUUGGCCCUUGUUUCACACUUUGACAUUUUCUACAUCUAUGGUUUUGCCAGCGGUAACUUUGUCUAUUUUCUGACUGUCCAGCCAGAGACCCCGGAGGGUGUCUCCAUCAACUCCGCCAGCGACCUCUUCUACACGUCCCGCAUCGUCCGUCUCUGCAAAGACGACCCCAAGUUCCACUCCUACGUGUCUCUGCCCUUCGGCUGCGUCAAGGGGGACACGGAGUACCGCCUCCUGCAGGCAGCGUACCUUUCCAAGCCAGGAGACGUGAUGGCCAGGUCCCUCAACAUCACGGCUCAGGAGGAUGUCCUCUUUGCCAUCUUCUCCAAGGGACAGAAGCAGUACCACCAGCCACCCGACGACUCGGCGCUCUGCGUCUUCCCCAUUCGCACCAUCAACGCUCAGAUCAAGGACCGCCUGCAGUCCUGCUACCAGGGGGAAGGCAACCUGGAGCUCAACUGGCUGCUGGGGAAAGACGUCCAGUGCACUAAAGCGCCAGUCCCCAUCGAUGACAAUUUCUGUGGGCUGGACAUCAACCAGCCCCUGGGAGGCUCGGUCCCUGUGGAUGGAGUCACGCUCUUCACCUCCAGCCGCGACCGGAUGACUUCUGUUGCUUCCUACGUCUACAACGGCUACAGUGUGGUGUUUGUGGGGACCAAGACUGGCAAGCUGAAGAAGAUCCGAGCAGAUGGACCUCCCCAUGGCGGAAUUCAGUACGAAAUGGUGACAGUUUUCAAAGAUGGGAGCCCAGUGCUUCGAGACAUGGCCUUCUCCAUCGACCACAAGUACCUGUACGUCAUGUCAGAGCGACAGGUGUCCCGGGUGCCCGUGGAGUCCUGCGAGCAGUACACGACCUGCGGCGAGUGCCUGAGCUCGGGAGACCCGCACUGCGGCUGGUGCACGCUCCACCACACGUGCUCGCCGAGGGACAGCUGUGAGCGGGCAGACGAGCCGUACCGCUUCGCCGGCAGCAUCAGGCAGUGCAUGGCCGUCACCGUGCAGCCCGGCAGCAUCUCCGUCUCCGAGCACAGCCUCCCGCUCAGCCUGCGCGUGAGCGACGCUCCAGACCUGUCGGCCGGGGUCAGCUGCCUGUUCGGGAACCUGAGCGAGGUGGAGGGGCAGGUGUCGGGCAGCCGGGUCGUGUGUGUCUCGCCAGCAGCCAAAGACGUUCCUGCCAUACCUGUGGAUCAGGACUGGUUUGGUGUGGUGCUGCAGCUGAAGUCGCGGGAGACCGGGAGGACGUUUGUCAGCACGGAGUUCAAGUUCUACAACUGCAGUGCCCACCAACUGUGCCUGUCGUGUGUGAACAGUGCCUUCCGCUGCCACUGGUGCAAGUACCGCAACCUCUGCACCCACGACCCCACCACGUGCUCCUUUCAGGAGGGACGGAUCAACAUCUCUGAGGACUGUCCCCAGCUCUUCCCCACAGAGGAGAUCCUGAUCCCAGUGGGAGAGGUGAAACCCAUCACGCUGAAGGCACGGAACCUGCCGCAGCCGCAGUCGGGGCAGCGCGGCUACGAGUGUGUGCUCAGCAUCCAGGGCGUGAUGCACCGCGUGCCCGCCCUGCGCUUCAACAGCUCCAGCGUCCAGUGCCAGAACAGCUCGUACCUCUAUGAUGGGAUGGACAUCAGCAACCUAGCAGUGGACUUUGCUGUGGUUUGGAACGGGAACUUUGUUAUUGACAACCCAGAGGACCUGAAAGUUCACCUCUACAAGUGUGCAGCACAGCGGGAGAGCUGCGGGCUGUGCCUCAAGGCCGACCCCAAGUUCGAGUGCGGGUGGUGCAGCGGGGAGAGCAAGUGCACGCUGCGGCCCCACUGCAGCCCCAGCCCCACGCUGCCCUGGCUCGACUGGUCCAGCAGGAACGUCAAGUGCUCCAACCCCCGCAUCACCGAGAUCCUGACAGUGUCAGGCCCCCCGGAGGGAGGGACGAGGGUGACGAUCCGCGGCGUGAACCUGGGCCUGGACUUCUCGGAGAUCGCGCAGGGGGUGCAGGUGGCCGGGGUGCCGUGCAGGCCGCUGCCCGAGCACUACGUCGUCGCAGAACAGAUCGUCUGUGAGAUGGGACAGGCGCUGCCAGGGAUCAGCUCCGGCCCAGUGCUCCUGUGCAUCGGGGAGUGCAAACCUGAGUUCAUGGCCAAGUCCUCGCAGCAGUACAUGUUUGUGACUCCAGAAGUGAGCUUUCUGAGCCCCAGCCGUGGCCCAGAGUCGGGAGGGACGAUGGUGACCAUCUCGGGGCACUACCUGGGAGCUGGCAGCCGCGUCUCGGUGCUCCUGGGAAACCAGACCUGCGAGUUCUACGGGCGAUCCAUGAACGAGAUCGUGUGUGUGUCAGCCCCAUCUGCACACGGGCUGGGGGCUGUUCACGUCUCAGUCAGCGUGGACAGGGCUCAGCUGGAGCAGACUUUGCUGUUUGAGUACAUCGACGACCCGAAGGUGCAGCACAUCGAGCCCGAGUGGAGCAUCGCCAGCGGCCACACGCCUCUGACCGUCACCGGCUCCAACCUGGACGUGAUCCAGGAGCCCAGGAUCCGCGUCAAGUACAACGGGAAGGAGUUCGUCAAUGUCUGCAAGGCUGUGAACGCCACGGCGCUGUCGUGCCUCGCGCCGCCCCUCACGCCCCAGUACCGGCCCGGCCUGGACGCCGUCGAGCGCCCGGAUGAGUUCGGGUUUAUCUUCAACAAUGUGCAGUCCCUGCUGAUCUACAAUGACACCAAGUUCAUCUACUACCCCAACCCAACGUUUGAACUGCUGAGCCCAAGCGGGGUGCUGGAGCAGAAGCCGGGAUCGCCCAUCAUCCUGAAGGGCAGAAACCUGUGCCCACCUGCGCCCGGCGGGGCAAAGCUCAACUACACGGUGCUGAUCGGAGAGACGCCCUGCGCCGUCACCGUGUCCGAGACACAGCUGCUGUGUGAGCCGCCCACCCUCAGUGGACAGCACAAAGUCAUGGUGCGUGUUGGUGGGAUCAUCUUCUCCCCUGGCUCGGUGAGCAUCAUCUCAGACAGCCUCCUGACCCUGCCAGCCAUUGUCAGCAUCGCAGCCGGCGGCAGCCUGCUCCUCAUCAUCGUCAUCAUCGUCCUCAUCGCCUACAAGCGCAAGUCACGAGAGAACGACCUGACCCUCAAGAGGCUCCAGAUGCAGAUGGACAAUCUGGAGUCCCGGGUGGCCCUGGAGUGCAAGGAGGCUUUUGCAGAGCUGCAGACAGACAUCAAUGAAUUAACCAGCGACCUGGAUCGAGCUGGGAUCCCGUACCUGGACUACCGGACGUACGCCAUGAGGGUCCUGUUCCCUGGCAUCGAGGACCAUCCUGUCCUGCGGGAGCUGGAGGUCCAAGGGAACGGGCAGCAGAGUGUGGAGAAGGCCUUGAAGCUCUUUGCUCAGCUGAUCAACAACAAAGUGUUCCUGCUGACCUUCAUCCGGACGCUGGAGCUGCAGCGCAGCUUCUCCAUGCGCGACCGCGGCAACGUGGCCUCGCUCAUCAUGACGGGGCUGCAGGGCAAGCUGGAGUACGCCACGGACGUGCUGAAGCAGCUGCUGUCCGACCUGAUCGAGAAGAACCUGGAAAACAAGAACCACCCCAAACUGCUCCUGCGCAGGACCGAGUCAGUGGCUGAGAAGAUGCUGACCAAUUGGUUUGCCUUCCUUCUCCACAAGUUCCUCAAGGAAUGUGCUGGGGAGCCGCUCUUCAUGCUCUACUGUGCCAUCAAGCAGCAGAUGGAGAAGGGUCCCAUUGAUGCCAUCACAGGAGAAGCCCGUUACUCCCUCAGUGAGGACAAGCUCAUCCGUCAGCAGAUUGAGUACAAGACUCUGAUCCUAAACUGUGUGAACCCGGAUAAUGAGAACAGCCCAGAGAUUCCUGUGAAGGUGCUGAACUGUGACACCAUCACCCAGGUCAAAGAGAAGAUCCUGGAUGCAGUAUACAAAAACGUCCCAUAUUCUCAGAGACCAAGAGCUGUUGACAUGGACUUGGAGUGGCGGCAGGGCCGCAUAGCUCGCGUGGUCCUGCAAGAUGAAGACAUCACCACCAAGAUCGAAGGAGACUGGAAGCGCUUGAACACCUUGAUGCAUUAUCAGGUGUCAGACCGCUCCAUUGUGGCUCUUGUUCCUAAACAGACCUCCUCCUACAAUAUUCCUGCCUCUGCCAGUAUAUCCCGGACCUCCAUCAGCAGAUACGACUCCACGUUCCGCUACACCGGCAGCCCCGACAGCCUGCGCUCCCGGGCCCCCAUGAUCACCCCCGACCUGGAGAGCGGCGUCAAGGUCUGGCACUUGGUCAAGAACCACGACCACGGAGACCAGAAGGAAGGAGACCGAGGCAGUAAGAUGGUGUCUGAGAUCUACCUGACCAGGCUAUUAGCUACAAAGGGCACGCUGCAGAAGUUCGUGGACGACCUGUUUGAGACGCUGUUCAGCACCGUGCACCGCGGCAGCGCCCUGCCCCUCGCCAUCAAGUACAUGUUCGACUUCCUGGACGAGCAGGCGGACAAGCACGGCAUCCACGACACCGACGUCAGGCACACCUGGAAGAGCAACUGCCUCCCUCUGCGAUUCUGGGUGAACGUGAUCAAAAACCCCCAGUUCGUGUUUGACAUCCACAAGGGCAGCAUCACAGAUGCCUGUCUCUCUGUGGUGGCUCAGACCUUCAUGGACUCCUGCUCCACCUCAGAGCACCGCCUGGGCAAGGAUUCCCCUUCCAACAAGCUGCUGUAUGCCAAGGACAUCCCCAGCUACAAGAGCUGGGUGGAGAGGUACUACGCUGACAUUGCCAAGCUCCCGGCCAUCAGUGACCAGGACAUGAACGCCUACCUGGCUGAGCAGUCGCGCCUGCACUCCCUGGAGUUCAACAUGCUGAGUGCCCUCAACGAGAUCUACUCCUACGUCAGCAAAUACAGCGAGGAGCUGAUCGGGGCUCUGGAGCAGGAUGAGCAGGCGCGGAGGCAGCGUCUGGCCUACAAAGUAGAGCAGCUGAUCGGUGCCAUGUCCAUUGAGAGCUGAAGAGAGGCUGCCCAGGGCAGAGGGCUGCACGGACUCUGGGGAGUCAGAGGGAGAACAAGCAAGAACAGCACUGGACACAUACACACCAAGGCAGAGGCUGGCCCGAGGACUGACUGUGUUCAACACGCUGUAGGAUCUGGUUUGGAAAGGCAGGAAGAGAAAAAGACAAAGCAUCUCAACCAGAGUCCAGUCAAGAUGGAUCAUUUCUUCGAGCACACACGGAAGGAAGGAACCUGGAAAGUCUGGAUGUCUCCACGACUGCUGCUUUGCAUGAGAAGUGUUUGAUGUAUAUUAGAGAAUAAAACUUUAUUUAAAGGGUUUUUUUAAAAAAAGAGAAAGAAAAAGCAAAAAAACACAAAGAAAUAGAGAAAAAGCUGAGAGGCCACAGAGAGAAACCUGGGAACAGGGUCCAGAGAGAAACCUGGCAGCAAGGCCCGGAGACAGACCCUGGCAACAAGGUCCAGAGAGAAACCUGGGAACAGGGUUCAGAGAGAAACCUGGCAGCAAGGUCCAGAGGCAGACCCUGGCAGCAAGGUCCAGAGAGAAACCUGGGAACAAGGUCCAGAGGCAGACCCUGGCAGCAAGGCCCAGCUCCACAUCCCGUCUCAGAGACUCGCAGGGCUGCGGCUCGGGCGUCUGCAAACGGGCUCCAGCAGGACUCCAGCAGCAGCUGGGAAGGAGAAUUUCUCUUCUUACUGGGAUCAUACAAAGAACAUGAGCACAAGUUUGCACCACACCUCUCUACACAAGUAAAACAGCAGUUUAGCCAGAAAAUAGCCGAGUAACUUAUAGGCACUAGAAGGAACUUCUACCUGAGUUGCAGAACCAUCAGAGCAUCCAACCUCUCCUGGAACCCAGCUUUAUCGAUGUGUUUGUAUAGUGUCAAUAUAGAUAUAUUUUUUAAAUCCCAUUUACUGUUGAAGAGGGAAAGAUCUGGUUCUAAAGGUGUUCCCCUUCCCCCUGCCUGCAGCUCUCUGAGGCAGCUGGAGGCCGUGGCCAUGCCCAGCGCUGCUGCGUCCCGGUACGACUGGGGCUGGAGGGGCCGUGUGCCCCCUCCCCACUGGGCAGAGCUGGGAUGAAGCCUCCUUGGUUGCAUGGGGGGGUGGGUUCUGGCAGCCACCUCUGAUUUCUGGCAUAAACCCCACGACCCCCCCGGAGUUUACAGUGAGCGAUACUUGAAGCGACUGGCUGUAGGGAGAGGGGGUUGGUUGCCUUUCUGUUUGACUUGCAGAGUGGAUCAGCACAGGCUGCCUUUGUGCUUCGCUGCCAGCGUUUGUGGUGUUGCCCAGGGUCAGGUGCAGGACUUGUGUUUCCACUGAGGAGGGGAAAGGAAUCUUUGCUGCAGGCCAGAGGAGCCUUUCAGCAGCCCUGCAGCAGGCAGCCAGUGCUGCUGGGCUGGCUCUGUCCCUGUCUGGGUGUGACACUCGGUUCCUCCCCAGCCCCUGUGGCUCAUGUCCCUGUGCCCAGCGACAGGCAAAUGUUUGUGAGUGUUAUUUCUUUUAAAAACACCAAAGCUUUCGUGUGUCCCUUUGCAGAGUGCCAGGAGGGGAAGCAAUGCUGUAAGUACUUCACUGUAAUAAAUAGUGGUACCUGUGCAGGCUGCAGUGGGGAGGGCAGGGUCAUCAGGGCUGAUGGAAAUAGAAGCAUUGACUGCAUGAGCUUGGCAGUGGCAGCACAGCAACUGCUGGCAAUUGCUCAGCCCUGCCCAGGCAGUCCCAUGCCCAGCUGGGACCUUAGUUUGCAGCCAGUAUGUGUUGAAGGCAAAUCCAUUCCACAUCCAUCCCCAUCCUCCACGGCUGUGCCCAGAGGGGCCAGGAGAGCUGACAACCCUUGGUCCCCAGGUGCACUUCGGGGGAGAUGGUGCCAGGGGAGGGGAGAAGUGUGUAGAGAAAUACUCAGGAAACUUGUUUUAAUUACUGUUCAGUAAAAGCCAUGCCAAGUCCACCUUCUUUUGCUAAUCCACUUCUGUGAGUUUCUCCAGGCCCUGUUAAUGCUGUGGAAGAAAAUUCAAAGGAUCGACCUUGUGCAAUAAGUUCUUGACAUUUACAGCAGCCUGAGCUCUGUGGCUGGAGGGCUUGGAUUUACUGAGACGUGCAGAGAGCUGGCAGAAACAGAGGCUGGGAAGCAGAGCAGGAUUCCUGCUGCCCAUUAUCAGGAGAGUUCCCUUCCCAGGGAUCCUUCUCCUGCACAGUGAAUCACAGACAGACAGGGUGUGUCUGGGUUGUCCUGUUAGAGGCUGGCACCCCGGGCCCAGCGCCGUGGCUGCAGCAGCCACUGCCUGCCCUGCUCUUUGCCACUGCUGUUGCAGAGGGCUGCAGAGUGGCAGGUUCUGAAAUCCUCCAGGUCUCAUGUUUUUCGCUGCUUUGUGUCACUGCUCGUUCACAUGGUCUGACCUGCAGCUUGUGAGUUGCUUCCAGAGGUCAGUUCUAGAUGUGGUCCUUGUUUUGGGUAUCUGUAUUCAGAUCCACCAAAUGGUGGUGGUGCUCUGAAACCCACAGAAAGCACUCCAGUGGUUUCCAGUUUCCAAGGGCUCCAGGUGUGGAUCUGGACAGUUGUCUCUGCAGGGUUCACAAACUACAAGUAGUGCCCAAAGCAAAGACCUGGCUUUUCAUCACCUGGGUCUUGGUGAAGAUGUGCUUCCCCCAAAGCCCACAUCAGGCCCUCCUGGGCCUCUCCAUGUCUACUUGAGAGGCUUUUGUGUAGUUGCUGUUAAGCUUCUCUUCCUCCUCCUGCUCGCUGCCUGGCCAGGAGCACCCUGUAAGCAAACGUUCUGUCCUUCCUUUCUCAGCGGAGGUGGAGGUCCCCAGGCACCCCCUGGGUGCUCUGGCAGGGGGCUGUCAGGCAGUGCUGGGGAUGAGGCCCCUAGACUGGGAUUAUCCUGGAGGGUAAAGAGGAGUGGGGAGAAGAAUUGCAGAGCCCAAAGGGAGUGAUUGUGAGAAAAGAUUGAAAGAAUCCAACAUGUCCAAGCUGCCUCAACACAGAGUCUGUAUUCCAUGAAUACAGGAGAGCACUAAGGAGAGAAGGGGACGACUGAGGUUAUUUUCUGUGCUGUGGAAGCAAGUUGAGCAGAGGAGGGAAGGGGAAGCAGCAGGAGCACUUCACCAAACAAUGAGCUCUUAUGCUUUUGUCUGACUUGCGAGGGAACCAGCAGAAACCUCUCUUCUUCCAUCAUCUGCAGAGGCAGCAGCACGGUGCUGACUGGAAGAGGUGUCCUAUAAAUAAUCUGCCAAGUGUCUCCUCAUGGUGGUCAACAUGAAUUAUGGAUCUUUACAGGCAAUUAUAUGGAAUGAAGCAACAUAUCCCCUUGGGCAAAGCGCUUGUAAUCUAUUCCCUCUUUGCAUCCGACUUUCAGUUCCUCCUUUGAGAAGAGGAAGCCUCAGAUCUCCAAGUGGCAUUUUCUUCACACUUGCAGCAAACUGGACUGGAGGUUUGGUCAGGAGGGGGCAGUGACUUUGCCUUAGAUGAAAGCUUUCACGUCCCUCUCGUCGCCCCUUCCUCCUGCAAGGCCGGGUGGGGUUUUGAGUCUCCAGUUCACUUCGUUUCAGGUGUUUCGACAUCAAAGUGGGAGAUGAGACGUCACUUUCCAGAAUCUCUCUGCCUGGUGUCGCUGCUUAAAUAAUUCCAUUUCAUCUUCUGCUCAUGAGCUAUCAAAGCACCCACUCCAAGGGGGAGCAAGGUGCUAAUCAAACGCUUCUCCACCUUGAAAGCCUUUAUUAAAAACCCAUAUACCAGAGUCUAAGCUAGAGGCAAGCUUGUCUCCACACGAGCCCUGCUGUGGAGCACCACAACGCUGCAGCCCACCAAAGUACAGAGCAUGUGGAUGGCCAGUGGUCCACACUCUGCCAUAAGGGAUGAGCUGGUGUUUAGAAGGAGGCAGGAGAGCUCAGCACGGCCGAAGUGCCGCAGCCUUGCGGGGCCCAGCAGCCGCCUGAAGAUGCACCACGGGAGCCAGUGUUGAGGCAGAAAACUGCUGCCACGGCCUCGCUGCUGGUGAGCAGCUUCCACGGGGUCCUGCCCCAGAGGAGGGUGGCCAUGGCCGUGGCCGUGGCGGGUGGCAGUGCCCUCCCACAGGGGCUCGGUGCUGGGGCACGGGAACGGCGAGUGCAGCCGCUGGACGUGGUGGCAACAGAGACCUUCAUCACAGCAGUGCCUUCAACACUCUGUCUUAAAAGCCCAAGGGCCUGUCCCCACGUGUGUUCUCUCUCUCUCUCUCCUUCCUUCAACUGGACUUCACCAAAAAUGUUGUACUGUAGGCGUGGAUCUGGGUGGGCUUGUGGAGGACAGAAGCAGAGGGCUCUGGGGUCGUGUUCCUGCACGCUGCUGACCCCAAGGGUUUCAGUCUGUGUGGAAAGGGUCAGGGCACAACCUCCAAACAAGGGGGACUUCCAGCAGGUUGGGGAAGGGCAGAGCAGCUCCAGGGAUGGUCCUCGUGAUGCUCCUGUCCCAGCCUGUGCCCUAAGCCUGUUCCCUGGCAGCAGCCCAGCCACGUUCUCGCCUGUCGCUGGCUCCUCUCCAUCCCGUUCCCAGUGCUGCCAGAGCUCACCUGUCACUGGCACUCGGCUCACCAAACUAAAUGGGACACAAAUAGACUGACUUGAGCAAGCUGGGACGUGAGGGAAGGUACGAGUGGCUGUACCCUGGAGAAAAGGUAUUCAGAGAAGGAUAAAUAACUGACAUCAAAGAUGCAUUAAAAUGCCACAAAGCUUCCACCAUAGUCUUUCAGAAUUGCAUUUGUACCAUAAACCACAAGCUGAUACCACAGGGAGCUGCAGCAGUGCCAGGCAGAGCUGGGGGAGCAGCCUGACACGAUGGUGGGGCUUUUCAUUAGACAUUUGGUGGGGAAAUAAUCAGAGAGAAGGCGCUGUGUGUACUGUGAAGGUGCCAUUCAGGGUCCUCUGAGCUGAGCGAUCCUGAAUGAGCCACUUAAAUGUAGGUUGGUCAGAUUAAUUGUGAAGGGGAGGAGGAUGGGAGUCUUGGAACCAGUUUUUGCUGCCUGGGAGGCUUUGUGCCAAGCUCAGUCCCCCUCUUUGGGCCAUGGUCCUGUUCUGGGCAAGUCGUGGCACAGAGGCCAGUGUCCCACUGUGGCAGUGCCUGUUGCCUUCCUGGUUCCUGGGGUGCCUCCCUGGGCUGGGGGCUGUGCCCAAGGUGCCUCCCUGGGCUGGGGCUGUGCCUGGGGAGGGGGAGGUGGGCAGGUGAAGGCAGCAGGGCCAUGCAGGAUGGCAGAGACCAGCCGCUCCCUCGCCCCAGCAGCAGCUCCUGUCUGGCCCUGUGGUCACAGCCCCAGCACAGCUGAAGGUGUUGUGGCCUUGCUGUGAGCAGGGCAGUGUCUGUGUGCUUGUUCAGAUCCCCGUUUGCCCCAGUGUUACCCAUUCCUCUCCUUUCAUUGUAAAAGUGGAAUCAAACCCGAACUCGGCCGUUCCUGCAGCGCUUGGGAACGUGCUCCAACGACCUGCAGGAUCCAUCCAGCUGCACGGACAAUAUCCCAGACCCUGAGGCUGCCAAAUCAACCACGAGAUCUCCUGAAUGGCCUUGCCUUUGAGAUUUGUAAUACCUCUGUUUUGAAUAGCUUGGAAGCGUUUGCAGCAGCUUCUGCAUCAGAUGUUUCCAUCUCCUGGACUGGGCAGCAGGAAGAUGCGUCUGCAGGAGGAGCCCUCAGAGGCAGGAGGAGCCCUCAGAGGCAGAAGGGCUGAUCUUGUCACGUUAUUUCAUAGCUUCAGAAGAUACUGCAGUAAAAUGUCCUUCUCUUAGUGAUGUUUCUGUGUUAAUGGCACCUCUGGGGCCGUUCCAAGAAGCGGUGGGAAGCAGCAAAGGGAAGGGAAUGUACAGGUACUAAAACUUCUGGAGCCCUCAGAAAUGUCACAGAAUGCAGUGUCAGCUGUGGAACAGGUUCUGGUUUCUGCCACCCUCCCCCCAAAACAAACUCGUGCCAGUUGUAGGGGAUUCGUGUGUUGGCAGGAGUAAGGAGCUGGCUUGUCUCCAUCCCAUUCCCCUGUCUCGUUCUCUGCCUCCUCCCCGUUAUACUUGACACACUGGAGUUCUGUAUGGUUUUUUUUAAGAUGAUUGUCUGGUUUUUGUUGUUUUUACAAGUGUUGUGGAAAAAAAAUGUAAGAAAGUUGAAGUAUUUAAAAAUGUUCCAAGGAAAAAAGGGGGUUUUGUUAUUAUUCUAAUAUAUUAUUGUGUACCUAUUGUAAAUAUGAAACACUCCUAUUUUGCAAGCCAAGGACUCACUUUGUA